UUGUGUGACUGUCCCACAACUUAUAAAGCCUACCCAAGCCAGGGACCUGUCAGUCUCGACAAGAAGAGCGAGUGGGGAGGAGACACUCUUUAUCGUCUUGCAUAAACUUCGUUCGAGAUGCUUUGUUCGAGACGGGAAUGGCUCCUUGUUGGGGUGCUGGUGGUGGCGUUCCGACAGACUAUCACUCAAGAUAUACAACAGCUAGUGGAUAAUCCAAGCAUCAACGCGGGCUCUGAUGUUUCUCUGCAAGUAACUGCUUCGACAGCCGAUCUGGCAGCAGGAACAUGGUAUCUUUUGGCUUCACCGAACCCGGUGCGUCAGUUGCCAAACAACGAUAGAACCAGAUACUCCGUGACCGGUCAGUUCCACCGACUCACUAUCAGCAAUGUGGUGGCGUCAGAUGAAGGGCGGUACUACUACGUAUAUGGACAAGGACUAGUCACUCAAGGGGUGGUUACAGUUGCAACCCAAGCUGCAGUGUCGAUCACAGGCAGCUUGAUAGACGUGACAGCCCUCGAAGGCAGUAACUCUUCCAUGACAACGACUGUCAGUACUGAGGGUGUCACGAAUGGCGUAUGGAAGCGAGGAACAACUGUCCUGACCAAUGCUGCCGGCUACACAAUUACUACUUCCGGUUUCACUCAGACACUGGUCAUCCAGAACGUUCAAACAACUCAAGCAGGCACAUACAGCUACACAGUUGGCGGGGCUUCAACACAGGCCACGCUCACAGUUGUCGGGCGACUUGGGAACGUUACGGGAAGCGUCGGGAGUGACGUGAGUUUCCCUGUGAACGUGUUUCCGGGCAACGCAGGAGGAUCAUGGUCCAGGAACAAUGUGCAGAUCGCUGACAGUUCCAAGUACCAAAUCACACAGAGCAGUAAUGGACAGUCACGACGUCUUCUUGUACGCAACGUCCAGACUGCCGACGCUGGGGCGUACGUGUACAGCGUGAACGGACAACAAUCAUCUGGGUUCUUAACAGUGGGAGCUGCCUUUUCGCCUUGGACGGCCUGGAUCAACUCCUCCUGUGUGGUCACGUGUGGAACUGCUGUAACGAGACUCACGUCCAGAACAAGAACGUGUCUGGCCGGUAGCGGGCAAUGCAACGGUGCAACGUUCGAAAGCCGGCUUAUCAACUGCCAACUUAACCCAUGUCCUAUUAAUGGCGGUGUCUCGUUUUGGGGAUCGUGGAGUCAACCAACAUGUACACAGAUUUGUGGCGUCGGAGCAACUGGUCCAUCUAUACGUACACGAACAUGCUCCAACCCCUCCCCUGCAAACGGUGGCUCAUUUUGUAGCUCCCCACUCAGCGAAACAUCGAUGAGGCCAUGUAACAUACCCGCAUGUCCAGGAGACGGCAACUGGGGUGAGUGGACACAGUGGAGUGGUCCCUCCUGUCCUGCCUCCUGUGGUCCUACGGCCAGACACAACGCUGUAAGAGUCAGGACCUGUAAUAAUCCAGCCCCCAGCAAUGGCGGUGCUCCCUGUUCUGGUGAAAGCGUUGAGCGUGGAGACCGAGCAUGCGGACCGGCUUCCUGUGCUGCCUUUUCGCCUUGGACGGCUUGGACCAACACCUCCUGUGCGGUCACGUGUGGAACUGCUGUGACGAGACUCACGUCCAGAACAAGAACGUGUGUAGCCGGUAGCGGGCAAUGCAACGGUGCAACGUUCGAAAGCCGGCUUAUCAACUGCCAACUUAACCCAUGUCCUAUCAAUGGAGGAUUUAGCAUGUGGGGGUUUUGGCAGACAUCCGCCUGUCCUGCCACCUGUGGUACAUCCGCUACUAAGCUGAGAACCAGAAGCAGACUCUGCAGCAAUCCUGCCCCACAGUUUGGUGGUAGAAACUGUACAGGGCCAUUUGCAGAGACUCAGCAAGUUAACUGCAACCUGACUGCUUGUCAAAGUGUUGCAACGUUGGAAAGCAAUCCACAGACUUACAUAGGGGCGACUAUCAGUCUGCAAGUGUCAGUGCCAGGACAACCAGCACAGGCUCUGGGAAAUUGGUACAAACAAUCUGAAGGAGUCUUCAACGUCGUGACUGCCACUGCGAGGACCGUGCUCUCUGUUGACGGGAACAUCCAUCAGCUCACCCUCAUUAAUGUCACAGCAGAAGAUGCUGGGACUUAUUUCUACUUUGUAGCAGGAACCAACACACAAGGCGACCUUACCAUUAUGUUUCCAGUCCACGGUGGAAUAUCUCAGUGGGGUCCAUGGAACAACCCUUCAUGUCCAGUUACAUGUGGACAAGGAUUUCGCUCCCUUUCCCGAAACAGGACAUGCACACAGCCAGUUCCACAGUUUGGAGGACGAACUUGUUCCGAGACAAAAGAAGAUACCAUGCGAAUUACGUGUUCUUUGGCGAACUGUCCAAUUGACGGUGGCUAUAGUCCAUGGAAUCAGUGGAGCAACCCUCCAUGUUCCGGGUCAUGUGGGAAUUUAUCUAAAGUCGUCUCAAGAGUAAGGACGUGUUCAAGUCCCUCUCCUCAGUUUGGUGGAAGACAAUGUGUUGGAUCACCGACUCAGACGUCAACAAGGAGCUGUAACCUUGCCGCAUGCACAGGAUGCCCUGAAGCAACCAUCUAUUUCGUGGUUGACCAAUCAGAGAGUGUCGGUACUGCAAAUUUCCAACUCCUCAAGGCGGCAUUGAACAGUUUUGUUUCCAGUAUUAUUUCUAGAAACAACAACAUCAGAGUUGGUGUCAUAGGUUUCAGCAGUAAUGUGACUUCUUCCAUCGGGGCUACCAGCGAUAUUAGCUUACUUCAAGCCGCCAUUAAUUUUACACUGACGCCACCCAACGGUGGAACAAACACUCAUCUGGGCAUUCGGAGGGCUACCCAGAACUUAAAUCAAGACACGUCUAAUUAUCCUAAGGUGAUGGUUGUAAUAACUGACGGCCUGUCUAAUUUACCUAACGAAACUCGUGUCGCUGCUGCUGAAGCGAGGAACUCCGGGAUUACGGUGUUCGCCGUUGGUGUCCUUGCCUUCAACAUCCCAUCGAUUCGGCAACGUUUUCAAGCGGAACUACUGUCUAUCGCCUCGUCGAAUGCUACAGCAAUCGAAAUUGCAAACUUUAAUGUUUUGACCAACUCCUUAAACAACAUAAGCCAAAUCUUGUGUCGGGGAACUGUCAAUGGUAACUGGGGAAGCUGGGGACCAUGGUCAGUCACCCGGUGCUCGGGGACCUGUGGAACGAGCAUCGUGGGAACAUCCAACAGAACGAGAACAUGCACCAACCCAGCACCAUCGUUAAAUGGAAACAGUUGUGUUGGAAGCAGCAUGGAGGUGACAGGACGGAACUGUGGCUUCAAUCCUUGCCCAAUUAAUGGAGGCUGGUCAUUGUGGACUCAGUGGUCGACCCCCCAGUGUGCCGCGUUGUGUGGAUCAGGUGUCAUGGCUACAGUAAUCCGACAGAGAGCAUGUACAAAUCCAAUGCCAUCGUUUGGUGGCAACGCAUGCCAAGGAAGCUUCCAGGAGACUGAACUGAAGACAUGCGGGCUCUCUCCUUGCGAUGGCGAGGUUAAUGGCGUCUUCGGCCAAUGGAAUGCAUGGACCGUAUCCCCCUGCUCGGCUACUUGUGGGAGAAACGUGACCCGGAUGUUGUCCCGGCAACGUCUGUGCAACAACCCCGCUCCUGCCAACGGUGGGAGCGACUGCAUUGGACCGAGGAACGACACCAGUAACCAGCUCUGCUCAGUGCCCGAAUGUCAAGUGACAGCCCUCUGUGACGACGUGAAGAAACAGUACGGAGUUGGCUACCGCUAUCACCCCACAGACUGUGACAAGUACAUCCAGUGCUACGACAACCCUAGAGGAAUCGCCAUCGGCGUCUACAGAAGCUGCCCCUUCGGCUACUACUGGAACCAAGACACCUUUAGAUGUACGGAGUCGUGGAAGGUGGAUUGUCCUCUAGAGCGAUGCAAAGGGUCGUGCGGAGCGAGCUACAAGAUGACGGGAAGUUGCAGGUCCUACUGGAAGUGUGAUGACGGAAAGUCCGUGGCCAGGUGUUGUCCCAGGGGAUUCAGCUUCUCCCCAGGGGAUGGGUGUUAUUUCAACUUUUACUGUGACGAUGAGUGCCCCUCUCCCUACGUUUCCAGAGAUGUAUGUGACAAACAUCCUAACUGGGGCAACACCAACUCCUACAACAUCUCAUUGGGGGACUUGGGGUGGAGGUCGAUGUCCUGCCCUGAAAACAGUUUCUUCAACAUUCUUGAUUGCGGAUGUACACAAGUCACUCCAGCGACAUGUGCAGCCAGGUACGACUUCGUGGCCGGGACACGCCCUUCAUGGGUUCAAUUGGAGCAAGUCAACAACCGGGUGGGGGCUCUGUCGCUCACCAACAAGAGCAAAGUGCAUCUUGACAUCAAGAUGACAGUCGCCGACAGCCCCAUCGUGUUCACCUUCACGUACAGGGAGACUGUCGUGUCCAACAAAAGCCGUGUGUUGGCGAGCAGCAAGGACAGGCUGGUGGUGUCCACUGAACCAAAGGGCGUCCUCUUCACCAUGACCUCAUGGUAUGGAGAGGUUACCAGACUGAUGCUGUCCACGGAUGGAAUGCCUCUAAACCAGUGGAAGACAGUGAGUGUGAUGUACACGUGCAAGUACCUGGUUGGCACUGUCUCGAACAACAACGUCAAGUACAUGGACAGAGUGCUCGUAAAAGAUACUAACAUCUUGUCGGACGGACUGACGAUUGGGUCAGAUGCUUCACGUGUCCCAGGCAUGCCAUUCGUUGGGGAUGUAGGCAGGGUAUCCGUCUACAAGUGCGACCCUGCCGUGUAUUGGCGGUUGCAUAAAACGCUCCCGAGUGAACGACGGUGUACGGCCACAUUCAGUCCACGAGGCUGUAUUGGUGAGAAGGCUUUCCCUGUCUUGACUGUACCUACAAAAACCAUGUUUCCAGAACGCUGUGGAUUUAUUUGCGGUCUGCUUCUGAUGCUGUUUGGUACUUCUCUCCAGCAAGACCCUAUUCAACCGCUGGAAGGCAGCCCGGAGACGUAUGUCGGUGCCACAGUAACGCUCCAAGUGCCCAUGGCCGCGGGCGUCGCCCAAGGAUUCUGGUACAAGAAUGGAGUUCCCGUCACAGGGAUGGCAAGAUACUCGGUGUCCAUUUCCGGCGUCAUGCACCAACUGACCAUCACUGGCGCUGUGUCGGACGAUGCUGCUUCCUAUAUUUAUUUUAACACAUUUGUAAACCCUGCAAUAGUCAAAUCGGGCUUCCUCACGGUACAUGAACCAGUUAAUGGGGGUCUCUCUGAAUGGAACUCCUGGAACAAUCCAAGCUGCUCCGUCACCUGCGGGGACGGCACGAUAACGUUAACACGUUCCCGCCUUUGCAACAACCCUGCGCCUCGAUACGGCGGACAGAUCUGCCAAGAUCCACUGACCGAGACAGUUUCACGGGUCUGCGUGCGGGGUCCCUGUCCAAUUAACGGAGGGUUCAGCGAGUGGAGCCAGUGGAACCUAGCCCAGUGCAGUCAAACAUGUGGUUCUAACAUCAUGACAACCGCCACGAGGGCACGGGCCUGUGACAGCCCCAUCCCCCAGAAUAAUGGCGCCCCCUGUACCGGGGACACCCAGGAGGAGAAACAGACCCUGUGUGAAAUAAACCCUUGUCCAGGUUCGGGGAUUUGCAACGAUGUUGUGAGGAGGUCGGAAGUCGGCUACCGUUACCAUCCCACUGACUGUGACAAGUACAUUAUGUGCUUCUACAACCCCAGUGGUAACGUCCUCGGUGUCUACAGAAGCUGUCCCUUUGGCUACUACUGGAACCAAGUUACCUUCAGAUGUGUUGUAUCCUGGAAGGUUUCCUGUCCUCUGGAGAAGUGCACAGGUGCGUGUAAGGCAAAUUACAAGAUGGAGGGAAGUUGCAGGUCAUACUGGAAGUGUGGCCAGAACAGGACUGAGGCCAGAUGUUGUCCCAAGGGGUUCAGUUUCACUGCAGAUGAAGGCUGUCGUGCUAACUUCUACUGUGAGGAUGUGUGUCCAACUCCCUACAUUGCUCGAGAGGUAUGUGAUAAGCGGCAGAGUUGGAACAAUGCGACAGAAUAUAACUUCUUCGUCGGCAACCUUGGAUGGCAACAGGCCACGUGUGCAUCGAGAACAGCAUUCGACCUUCUGGAUUGCGGUUGUGUUGAGACAGCUCAAGACACCUGCGUUGCAAGUAAUGAAGAAAGCUUCACUUCAACAGCAAUACCCUCUUGGUUGAAUGUGAGCAACGUUGUCGUAUCUGGUAGCAUGGCUCGCUUCCUCCAGAACAGUCUCAUGAAUCUCGACGUCAAGGUAAAAUCGACCGAGUGUCCUGUUCUGAAGCUGACAUUCCGGGAAUCAGCAGCUGUUACUGGACGUCGAGUUCUUGCAAGCAGCAGUGAUUGUAAAGAAGGCAACACCUUACUCGUCGUAGCUGAUGAUGCCGGCAUACAGUUUGAAACAGUGUCGUGGUACGGACACGUCUCCAGGAUGUUCAUGUCAACACAGGGCAUUCCUAGAAGCCAGCUGAAGACAGUGAGUGUGCUGUAUAAAGACAACUAUCUGAUCGGUGUGAUUGAGAGCGACAACGUCAAAUACAUUUCACAGUUGCAUGCCCCUGACGUGAGCAUCAUGGCGUGUGGUCUCACUAUAGGAUCUGAUGGGACCUCGAGUACAGCCUUUGUUGGCGACGUAGACAUGGUGUCGAUAUACAAAUGUGUUCCUGGAAACCUCAUCUGAAGCAGCUGAAACCACCAUAUGAGAUUGAUGCAGAGGAUGCUACCAUCGACUAUAACUACCUUCAAUACAACCUUUUUUCGAUUUGUCCACAACACAUAUGGAAUUUAAGGACAGCUAAGUAGUAAGACGGCAGUGUCAAGGUGUCUCAUCUGGAGUUCAAAUGGCUGAAUCAAGCCGAUAUCUUCCUCUUUGUAUCAGUUCUUAACGGAGGGUUUACCGAAGUGGUAAAUAUCACCGAACUGGAUCUCCUGAGGACUUUCCUCCUGUAUUAAAACGACACAAUGUAAUUGGACUGAACUACUAAAAAACAUUAAUUAAAACACAACUGAUAAAUCAGUAAAUGAGAGCGUAAUAUGGAAUUAAUUUACAAUUUUGUACAUACUGUAAAUGUAUCUGGUGUACAUGUUGAGUGUAUUUGUC